AUGACAACAACUCGGCGCGACGGGGGAUCUAUCUACAAGUCCCAGGAUGUUGUCCAGGUGAACAUCCCCGCCGAAUCCGGCGAGAUGGGUGUUCUCGCCAACCACGUUCCCGCCAUCGAGCAGCUGAAGUCCGGCCUGGUCGAGGUUAUCGAGGAGAGCGGCCCCAGCAAGCAGUUCUUCCUGUCCGGCGGCUUCGCCGUUGUCCAGCCCAACUCCGUCCUCAGCAUCAACGCCACCGAGGGAUACCCCAUCGAGGACUUCAGCGCCGAGGCUGUCAAGUCCCAGAUCGCCGAGGCCCAGAAGGUUGCCUCCGGCAGCGGAAGCGAGCAGGAUAUCGCCGAGGCCAAGAUUGAGUUGGAGGUCCUCGAGAGCCUGCAGGCUGCCCUGAAAUAG